AUGGCCUCCCUUCUCCGAUCCAUCCCCCGAUUGCUCAGACCGCGAUGGAAGCCACUCAACUUCGCAAACCCAAACUACGGCAUCGUCGUCCCAACACAGAAAAUCGAAGAAGAGAACUUCCCUGAUUACGCCGCCUCUCGAUACUAUCCGACACACAUAGGCGAGGUCUUCCAGAACCGGUACCAGGUUGUAUCGAAACUGGGAUAUGGAGUUUCCUCGACUGUUUGGUUGGCGCGAGAUAUGAAUUGGCGCUCAUAUGUCACUCUCAAGAUCUUUGUCAACUCCGCCUCUAUGGGACGGCAGGUUGACGACGAGCUGAAGAUGUAUCAGCACAUUGAACGGUUUUCAAGACAUCCAGGCCGCAAGGCCGUCAGAUCUCUACUGGACUCGUUUAAUAUUGACGGACCGGAUGAUAAGCACCAAUGUCUGGUCCAUCCUCCAUUGUUCGAGAGUGUCUGGGAAUUUCUUCACCGCAACCCGGUCCAAAGGUUGCCGGAGCCGAUUGUCGCGUUUACGCUGCAUAGGUUGUUUCUUGCGUUGGAUUACCUGCAUACGGAGUGUAAGGUUAUACAUACUGCGGAACAAGACGAGCUGCAGAACCCCUCUCCGAGAAAGGAUAUGGAUGAACGAAACAUUUAUUUAUCCCGAGACUUAGAAAUAGGUCCCGGCAAAAUAGGCGCCCCUGUUCUAUGUGACUUUAGUUCUGCUGUGCUGGGUGACAGGGAACAUCUAGAAGACGUGCAGCCGGACAUAUACCGCGCCCCAGAAGUAAUCCUGGAGGCUCCGUGGUCGUAUGGUAUUGAUAUAUGGAACGUCGGAUGCAUGAUCUGGGAUAUCUUUCAAGGCGGCUCGCUAUUCACCGGGCAUGAUCCCGAGCACCAAAGGUAUCGAAGUCGAGCACACCUUGCUGAGAUGGUCGAUCUCCUUGGGCCUCCCCCGGCGGGUCUUCUUGCGGCCGGGAGGCAGAGCAGGAAAUUCUUCUCUGAGACGGAUGAGUUCCGGGAGAAAGGGUUAUUAAAGGGUGAAAUACCCCUAGAACAGAGGGAGACAUCCCUUAAAGAAGAGGAUAGGCAGAGAUUCUUACGCAUGAUGCGGAGGAUGCUGCAAUGGGAGCCGGAGAAGCGGAGUUCGGCGAGGGAGUUGGCUGAAGAUGAAUGGAUUCAGAAGCAUAUGGGUUUAUAG